AAUGACGGAGAAUGAAAAAAGAGAUGCAAAACGACAUUUUUUUCGCACAUGUGGAAUUCCCGGUGUUGUAGGAGCCGUAGAUGGCACCCACAUCCAGAUGAUUCGUCCGGUAGAGAAUGAACAUUUGUAUUUCAAUAGGAAAUUGAAACAUAGUUUGAAUGCUAUGGUGAUAUGUGACCAUAAUAUGAAAAUACGAGCGGUGGACGGACGAUACGGAGGUGCUUGCCAUGACUCCCAUAUAUGGAAUAUUUCGGGAGAAAGGAGAUAUUUGAAAGGAAACUAUGAAAAUGGAGAAAGUGGAACGUGGAUUUUAGGAGACUCGGGCUAUCCAUUAGAGCCUUGGAUUUUAACUCCGUAUCGAAACGUGGCCGAAAACAGCCAUGAAGCGAAAUUUAACGAAAAUUUUGCGAAAGGGCGGUGCAUAAUAGAAAGGUGUUUUGGUGUACUUAAAGCAAGAUUUAGAUGUCUUUUAGCAUCUAGAGAGCUCCACUAUGCUCCUCAAAAAUGUGUGCAAAUACUUAAUGCAUGCUGCGCUCUACAUAACAUUUGUAUUUUGUACAAAAUCGCUGCUCCUUCCGAUAUACCGGUUGAAGAAGAUUUCUCAACCACUUACAUGUAUUCUUCAGUGGACAUCGAUUUACGAAGUGCUGCUGUAAAUAUCAGAGACGACAUCCGAAAUAAUAUGUUUACUCGAGUUACGUUUAUUCAAUAGAAAACAUUUUUAUUAGUAAUUCAUUUAUUUUUUCAAGCCAAUCGCGUAUAGCAUAACUGUUUAAAAAACAAACAUUUAAUAAAAACUAGUGAUAAAAACAAUACCUAUUUCAUUUUGCAUUGCAGUAAAACUAUUAUAAAACAAAACCGUACUUCAUUGCACAUAACACAUGCACACACACUUUGAAAGUGAGCACACAAAAGCGAUUACACUUCCUUCUUGCAACUCUCAAUGUUUUUCGUGCUAUUUUAUUAUUUUUUAUAGUAGCAUAGUUAAGGUAACAAAAACUACAUGUAUCUAAGUUUUAGACUUUAUGUAAAUUCAUAUUUUAGAAAAAGUUUACAACUUUAAUACAUAUAUGAGGGAU